GCAGAGGAAUGGUCUCACCCUCAAAAGCCAAACUUUCCAGGAUCGCCGGCCAGCAACAGGAACAGGAUCAACAGCCACAACAGCUUCCUCCAUCUCAGCAGGCGGCGUCCCAAAGGAAGUCGUCUCAAAAGGUGCAGCUGGUCAAGGGCUCGAAGCCAUUGGUGUACCAUCGGUUCUAUCUGGAUAUUGAGCAGCAUCAGAUCGCUACCAAGAUCGAAAGCACUAUCAAACAGCUGGGCGGUUCGGUAGAAUUCUUCCUCAACAAGGAUGUUACACACUUCAUAACCGAUAAACUACAACAAGGCGGACAAUACUCCAACACAGUCACUGCUGGUGGCGGCGAGUCUGGUGAACGCAAGGAACAAAAAGCAUCCGUUACUGGUUCGUACGAGAAUCUAAUCUCAAGUCACCGUAGUAUAUCGUCGUCGGUUGCAUCUCCGGCAGCAGCCACAACCACCAGUGCCGGUACAUCGUUUACGCCACCGCGACAUUCACAGCAGUUGCAGCGCAGUUCGCGUCAGCUUCUUCAUUUGACGCACCAGCAGCAAACCCACGGUCAAUAUGUAAAUGACUACGAACCGGCGACCAGUCGUACAUCGUCACCAUGUCCACCAACGAUAACAUCCACCACAGCAGCAGCAUCAGCAGCAGCGGCAUCUUCCUCCUCAACGGUAGCAUGCAUCACACCCGGUGGUGGUGCAGCAUCCGGGCAGCAGCUGAAGAAGAAGCAGCAGGUGGUGGUGGGAUCAGGAGCUGCCUCCAGCAACAGCCUCACCGCCAAUGCUUCGCUGUCGGUAGGGUUUGAUGGGAAGGUUAAACCAAUCCACAACCCUUCGGCCAACAGUGUGCCGGCAGCGACAGCAUUACCACCGCGCAGCCGUGCAGAUGCUAUGCUACAGCGUGUUCGUCAACAACAGCAGCAUCCAUACAGCCAACAGGCAUCAUCCUGCCAUUUGCUAAACUCGUCACCACUAAAUCCAACGUACGGCGGCGGAUCCACACCGACCAAGCUCGGUACGCCGUCUCCAUUCUUUUCGUCGUCGCAUCACAAGCAAGCGUCGCCAAGCCCUAAUUACAGCCCGACCGGUGCUGGAGUUGGGGUAGGCAAUCGCCGGGGACCUGCCGCACCACGGCAAAACAGUCCCGUCCAGUUGGCCCGCUCUUGGGGUACGCUUAUCUGGAGCGCGGAGUAUGCGCUAAAGUUCUUGCGGAAAGUUCUCGCUUCGUUAUCGAACGAAAACCGCGGCAGAACGAAAGGAUCGCGCGAAGGCGUUGGUAAUGAACAAGGACGGCAUCAUCAUCGAUCACACAGACACCAUCAUGGUUCGUCCGCAACUCGUGCAGCGCAGCAUGUCCAUCAUCUGCGCGGACAGUUCCUAAAGAUCGAGUGUCGUUCGGCACCGGGUAACUACCGGCCCGUUUACAAGGAAUUUAAACGGUGGCCUGGUUUGUUGCUUAACGCGAAAGAUCUUGCCGGUAGGCGGGCACCAUUCGCCGACGCGAACGAACCAUCGCCGGAGCGUGGCGUUAAGCAGGAACCACCGAUCCAGGAGGUGGACGCUGGUGGUAGUGGUGGUGGUGGUGGUACGAGUGCAAAUAGGAUGACGCGAAAGCAUUCUAGCAGUACUGCAACAACAACAACCAACACUACCACAGGAAAAAACGGCGAAAAGGUGGUGAAAAAACGAGUGUUGGAAAAAUUGCCGCCAGUAGCUGUAGCGACCAUUGCCGCCGCCGCCGCCGCACCACCCAGAGACUGUGGUUAUUGUGAAAUUUGUCGCAUCGAGUACGAUUCGCUGGCGGUACACGUACAAUCGGAAAAUCACCAAGCGUUCGUAAAGAACGAUGACAACUUUACGUCACUCGACCGAUUGCUAGGCUCUUUUAGUGAGGUGGAUGACACCGACGAUGACGAUACACCGCUAAGGGUUGGUAGUGGUGGUGGUGAUGCUGUUGCUGUCGAGACAUUUUUUCAGCAGUUGCACAACACAACAACACGCAUCAAGCUGAAAGCGGUCGGAGCAAAGCAGCAGCAGCAGCAGGAGGAGCUACUAGUGGACGGACAUCAACAGCAGCGGAGGAGGAGGAAAACAUCAUCAACAACGGUGACGGUGGCGAUGACGACGACGGCCGCCGCUGACGACGAACUGAUCCAAGGACAACAAACACCGAUCGGUGAAAGUAAACUUAAAAAGGAAGAGGAAGAAGAAAUAGCGCAAAACCGACCAAUAAUACUGCAACAACUGCAGGGAAACAACACUACGGAGAAGGAUAAAAAUGACUGCAAACAACAAGUGUGCGUGCAUGCAAAGGUGAAACGAAAGUGUGGUAGUGAUGUGGCGGAAGAUACUAAAAACCCGCAACAGCAGCAAUUGUGUGAGAACAGGAUAGUGGAAGUAGUGGUGGGAGGUAGUGGUGAUUCGCACAAACCCUCAGCAACACCAUCCGGUGUCAUCAAGUUGCAGGAUAGCUUUGAUAGUCGCCGUACUGGUGGUGUUGGUGACAGUACAACACAAAAACUUAACAAAAAGCCUGCUACGAUCGGUAAAUCGGUGUCAGGAACUGCUUACGACUGCAGUGACAGUGAUUUUUUAGCUGACGUUAACGAGGACGAUUCGAAACGGAUCGAGCCGGGUGGUGGUGGAAAUAGUGGUGUGAAGGAAGUGGAGAAGAAUCCUUGCGAAAGUGAUAAUAAUAAGCGGUGCAGUGCUGCCAAGAAUAGUAAUAAUAGUGGUAGUAGUAACUUAACAAACCUUGAUAGUGUUAGUACGCAAGAGCAAAGAACGACCAGAACUCGGGCGUGCAAACAACAGCAGUCGGAAGCGGUAGUAGCAGUGGCCCGUUCUCGGGUAGGUGAGCGUAGAAGCAGUCGAACGGCAUUGGUGGACGGCACGCGUAACAGUGAAGAAGGAAUGUUUGGGCGACGGUCAGCAAUUCAUCAUCAUCCACAUAAUCAACUGAACCAUCAUAACCAUCAGAAGCACAAAUCAACACUCAGCGCACUAUUGCUCAAACAGCAGCAGGAACGGGAACAUCAGGAGCAGGCAAAAGCGGCGAUCAGCGAUUGUAAGAGUGGUGGUGAUGAUCAUCAUGCUGCUGCUACUGCCGCUAUCGGGAUGAAAGUAAUAAACGAGUUUCGAAAGCAGCAGCGAGCAGCAGACGGCAGUGAGGCCCUUUUGACAGCAACGGAACCUCCACCGGCAUCUAUAGAAACGGCUGGUGUAAAAUCACCUUCUACCGGUAACCGAAGGAAGCGUACUACUAGGCCGGAUCCGCAGCAGCAACAGCAGCAGCAAGAGGAACAAGACCGGCACGCAAUGGGAUUAAAAGCGUCAACCGUUGCGAUGAGUCAUCACCAUCAUCAUCUGAAUGAUGCUGGUGGUAAUGGCGGUACAAAAACGCGCCACGCAACUGAACUGGCUGCUACACUGCUCGAAUGCGAAGGGUUGGAUCCGAAAAACACUAAACGAAUCAGUCUUGGGUUACGGCAGAACCCAAAACGGGCAAACCUCAACGAAGACUUUACCAGCUUGCUGGACGAAACGUUGGAACGGUCGAAAGGGUCCGGUUCCGCAGCGACGCCACGUCGAACGGGUCAACAGCAUCAGCAGCAGUCCCGGAUACGGGUACAAACGAAGGGAAAGGAACAGGCGACCAAGCUAACCAUUAAGGGCGAGGACGAAAAGCUUAACCGUGGCUGUGAGGAGGAGGAGGAGAAGGUAAAAAAGCGAGAGCACGAUCGUCUGACAGAAGACGUGGAUAGUAGUGUCGUCACACCGGCCACCAAGCAGCGAACCGCUGUCAGCAAAAAGGCGGCCACACUGGAGGACAUCAAGGUGCGCGGUAUACGAUGGAGGGCACCGAGCCCGACGACGCGCCCACCGAUCAAAUCUCCCCUGCUGUACAAAGUAAUUGAUCAUCAAGAAGCCGGAGAAGAGCAAAUCUCACCCAACGAACGAAUAACGACGUCAUCUUCGUCGCGGAUGUCCGCCACUUCCGCAACCGUAACAUCGCGCAAGGACGACGCGUCAACUGUUGGAUCUGCCCAGCAACAUCAACCAAACCAUCAUCCAAGAGCGUCCAAAGCCUCGAAGGUAACGGGAGGACCCUCGCCCGUGAAAAAGAAUGGACUGAUCGUGAAGAUACGACGGGUACGUCAAUCCGAGCUUAGUCUGCUAAAUGAUGAGGCGGAAAACUUUAUGUUUCCGAAGAAGGAUGACAGUAGUUCGGAGGAGGAUACCGAUGACGAUCGGCAAACAUCGUCGGAAGGGUGCCAUGCUCUUGGAGGAGGUACCAACAACUAUUCGGUCGAUUUGGCUAGCAGUAGUGAAGGUGAUCACCGACGAGGAGUAGAGCAGGUGAUGACUACCGCUACGACAGUAAAGCGGGACGAUGAGAGAUUUUCGGAGGAGGAACAUGUGGUUACAGUAAGUGACGAUAAGCAUGUUACUGGUGGAAGAAAGCGUAAAAAGGCUGGUGAACAGUUGUCUUCAUCACCGUCAUCCACUCAGUCAUCUCCACAAAAAUCGGACGCGGAGCCGACGUUAAAGCGGGCUCGGUUAGAUGUGAGUAGCUCACGCUCACGGAAAGGUCCUCGCCAACAGUCGGCUGACUUUGAGAAGGGUCAAGAUCCUGCCAGUAGUAAAAUGCGAUUUCCAGAGGCCCCCAUCCAGCCAAGCGCAGUAGCAGCAGCAGCAGCAGCGGCAGCGGCAGUGGUAUCAAAAAUGACGACUACCGAUCGGUUACGCCGCAGUCAGUCGUGCCGCAGUGAAUCGGAAGAUAAAGUUCAUGAUGGUGAGAAGCAUCAUGCUGAUGAUGCUAGUUCUGGUGACGAUGAGAAAGAAGAGGAUACUCAGAGUGAGGAGGAGGAGAAGGAGGAGCAAGAACAGAAGCAAAAGGGAAAAGGGAGGAAAGGUACAACGAACUCCUCCGCCGUACGGGGACGACGGGUGCAGAAGAAAAAAGUGAUCGAACACGACACGACGACGGUAGCGGAUGUUUGCAUAAGUUGCGUUGCCCGUUCGAGUCGUGGACGACGUGGUCGAGGAGCUGGAGGUCGCCGUGGCGUUCGGGGUGGUGUUGGUCGCGGAGGAGCGAGACGUGCAAAUCGAACUGGUAGCAGUAGUGCGUCUUGUACUUGCCAUUUGCUUGAUGCUUCCCGGAUGCCUCCACCAUCCAGCAGACGGCGUACGAACGAAUCCGUCGAGCGGUCGUGUACACCGGUGUCGCAACGUGGUGCCAUCGGAACGACGCGUGCCUCGAAAACGAAAACUACACCACCGAGCACAGCCAUUCCUUCUACUUCAUCAACAUCAUCAUCAACGCUAACAUCCGCAGGUUGUGCGGCCAUUAUGACCGGCACCGGCAGCAGCAGCUACAUCAAGGGCAAGGAGGAUGGGAUGGGGGCAGUAUUCAAAUGGAUCAACUUUCGGAAACGAUGCGAAGAGAUUGAACCGUAUCGGUUCGCGUUCGAGCGGGUCCCAUCGCUGGAACCGUGGUACGAAACAUUUCAGCGCCAGGAUGACGGCACGGAGAAGGUGUACGAAUAUUUUGGCAGCACGGGCUACCGGAAAUUACCGUACGAGAUGGGUCCGUUACCGGCACUCGGUCAAAACUGUUGCAUACUAAACUAUAAGAUGAUCGCUAGCCGCAAAUCGAACCGAACAACAUCACUUCAAUCGACCUCAACCGAACCGGCGUCACCAAGCGGCGGUGCUAAAAAAGGAGCUGGAGGAUCGCGGCUCAACUCGUCCGAUGCUGCUCAGCAUACGGCAGCGACCUCUGUCAAUGAGCCGGAUACUAAGAAAUCAUCUCCAUCCUCAUCUUUGUCCUCGUUGCCGUUGAAAAAACGCAAACUAUUACUCCAGGAAGCGGCAGCUGGUGCCGAAGCGUCGGCCGAAGCGAGCAGUAGUCACAGCAGCCGCAUAGCGAGAUUGAUUGCCGGUGGUAAUGAACGGCCACGUAAAUCACCCCGAGAACAUGCUUCAACGCUUGCGAUUCUUAGUCUCCUUCAACAACAGCAACAUCGCAAGCGGGCAGGCACUAUUAAGAUUCUUACCAGUCCAAAGAAAGCUACCACGGCUACGGCAACCACACAAACGACUGGCAGCAAUAGCAGCCUUCUGCUGCAGCAUCAGCCUCACCAUCUGCUGCAGGACGCACCGGACAGCAAUGGGGAAGAGUCGAUCAGCCGUUCCUGUUCGCGGGCAAGCGAUCAGGAUAGUUCGCGGGCAGGUUCGUCCACCGGUGGCAUCAAGUUCGAAAGACCGCUUUUCCCGGACAGUAACUACGUUAACAGUCGUACGUUGUGUCAGGAGCUGGAUGCGUUCCUAUCGGACGAGCUGAAGCGUGUCGCUGGCGGACAAAUGGAUGGAAUUGUGAAGAAAGAGCUUACGGAAGAUGACGAACUUCAGCAGGAGGCAAAUAAAACAUCGGAGAGUCCAUCGCUUGGGCAUCCUUCGGUGGAAGUGCCAGAAAUGGAGCUAAUUCCUCCACCUUCGGCUGUGCAGGAAGGGAUCGCCAUCGAACGGAACGGGCUGGCCGUAAGCAAGCGAGAUCUGCUGGAUGUUUUGCAGACGGUUGGUACGGAACCACCGCUUAGUUUGAAGCUCGUACAGCGAUGUGAAACCGUGGUGAAGAAGAUCGUGCAGUACGAUCGGAAGGAACGUUCAAUGCUAGCCAGUGGAUCUGGGUCGGGGCUCGCCAUUUCAUCCUCCUCUCCAGUGAUUGGUCUUCAGCUGUUUGACAGUGGUUCGAGCAUGGGUCCGUGUGGUCCGGGUAGUGGUGUCGUCGGAAGUGUCGGUGGAUCAUUCCUGAAGAAGCGCAUCAAUCGAACCGGUUGGCCAACAAACAAGCGUAAAAUCGGUACACGUACUAGGCAGCAAUCGAGGUUCCUGUUACCAUCGGUGACGGUUAAAAAAUCACUCUCGAGCGAAUCAGUUAAAAAGGAAGAACCGGGAGAGGAAGAAGAAGCGAAGAACUUAACCGAUUUGUCUCGCGAGUGUGGUAUGGUGAAGAAACAAGAUGAUGAUGAUGAAGAAGAUGGCGAAGAUGACGAAGACGAGGAUGUGGAGGAGGAUGAUAAUCCGGGUGAGGAGGACGAGCACGAAGAACAAGAAGAUGAAGAGGAGGAAGAAGCAGGUCCUGCUAGACGAAGGAAUAUUCCCAAUGAAAAGACUGUCUGCAAUCGUCGGAAUCGUUCCGAAGAUCCGAAACCACCUGUAGAGCGAAGAAGAAGGAAGCGUUCCUUUGGAAAGCAGCAAAAAGCAGCAGUUUGUGAUGACGACGACCUUCACACGGAUGAUGAAAAAAGGAAUGAAACGAAUGUAGAUGCUGGUUCGUUGCAUGACAGCGAUAAAGGAAGCAAAGCAUUAUCCGCCAGUUCUACCUACGAUUCCAUGCCAACGCUUCGUGCCGCGCUUAUGCGUGACAACAGUCAACUGCAGCGGCAUGUAACAUCCUCGAUGUUGCUCCAACCCUCAUCACUACGACAAACGCCCACCGGUUUGGUAGCUCCCGGGAGUUUAAAUCGUGGCACUGUUCCUUUCGCUUCAGCGACCAUUGACCGAGAAACAAAACCGGCGCCGACGUCGGCGACUGGUUGUGAAGCGCUGUUGUGUCCAACUUCCGGUUCCGGCUCUUCAGGACAAACAGUUCUUGGUGCCAACUGUUGCAAGUACGUCACGAAAACAACUACCACCAUGACGCGGGUUGAUUACGAUGGUGGAGGAGGGAACGUCACUUCCAGUGGAUUGUCUCCGUUGGGUCGUGUCAAACAUUCCCGCGAGGAAAACGAUCAGCAGCCGGAUCAAGACGAUCAACAGAAGGAAGACAAUCGACAAAAGCAAUCCAGUAGUAGCAGCGGCACCUCGAAUCGUUAUCGAGGUGCUGCUACAUCUGCACUGACGACGACGACGACGCACGAUAGCGACGACAAGGAGUGUGAUUCGAUCAGCUCCCGUAGCAUCUUCGUCAGCGAUGACUGUGAUACAACCUCCUCCUCGACCGCCAUUAAUCCGCCCGACGAUCGUCCACCGUCGGCAACGAGUGAGCGGCCGCAAUCUUCUCACCCAAACCACCACCACUGUGAUCAUCCCUCGGAGAGUGGCGUCCAAGAAUCGGCCAAGCAAACAGAACUUGCCGAUUCAUCAACAACCCUCUUCCUGGACAGCAACAAACCUACCACCAAAACGCCUCGAACCCCGAGCGAAAGGAUACGGAACAAAAUGGUGAAAAAUCGCCGUGCCGCUAUCCGGAUGGAGUUGGCCAGUAAGAAGAAGGAGUCGAAGGAACGCCACCACAACCAUGACGUACAAACGAAGCGGCGAAAAUCGUCCACGCUCGGUCCACCGUUACCACCUCCCUCCAUGAUGCCACUUUCGCCUCCACUAACCACCUCCACGUCCUCUUCAUCCUCUUCAUCGUACGGUGCGGAUGAUAAAGCACCUUUAUCACCGCAACCCGUCACAUCGAUACAGCAGCACGAUGACAACGACGACGAUAACGACCUCCUAUUGCCAGACAGCGGGCAACAACAUUCUUCUUCCAGUGCCAACAAUGGUGGCAGUAGUAGUAAGACUAUCCUACUCACACCAUCCAAAAUAAAGACUCGCUCAUCGACGUUUGGUUUUUCGCCACCGAAACGGACCUACGGAGGUGCGAAACUAUCCUCCAAAAAGCUCCCCUUCGUAAGUUUGGUAAAGGCAACCUUUCUUCCAGCGAGCGAAAUUACAACAGCAGUUGCAACAUCUGCCACAAUUGUUGUAAAUGGUGGUAUUGGAAAGAAGCAGAGAAGGAUUAGUCUUAGCAGUAACAGUAAACGUAAUCGGCGAAAGACAGCACCGCCUGUGAUGGAAGGAUGUGUUGCGCCGUCAGCUGGUGUGAAAAAGGUGCUCAAAAAGCGGUUGCUAGUAGUGGAACCGAAGCAGCAGCAAGUUGUUACGAUGGCGAAGAAGAAACGAUUACAACAGGGUACUGAGAAGAGUAGAAAGUUGUCUGCUUCGAGAGGAAAACAGCAAAAACACGUCGAGGAACUCUCUGCGCCUGUCGUUAGUAGUGCUGGCCAUUUCAACAAUAGCGAGGCUCCAUCAAGUACGAUUGAUUGUGUGGAAAAAGACGAGGAAGAGGAGGAUCCUUUGGGCAUACUUCACAAGCAUCAGAAUCCCUUGCAACAGCAGCAGCAGAACCAUCAUCACGAUCAAGGUAUAGCUGAUGAGGAGGAGGAUGAUCACCACAGUAGCAAUCAUCUAAUGGAGGAGCAUUUGCUAGAGGAGGAGGACGAAGUCGGCGGCGAACACCACCAAGAUGAGGACGGAGAGGAUCAUGAUCACGAGUUGUUGGAUCGGAAGGAAGAAGAGGAAGAACUGGAUGGAGUCGAGGAGGAAGAGGAACAGUACGAAUUACUCGAGCUGUUGGAAGUUGAUGAAGAACAAGAGAUCGAGGCGAAUGAAGAGGACGAGGAGGAGCAUCAGGUGGAAACGGAGGAAGAGGAAGAGGAUGGUUUCCUAAUGCGCGACGAUAAGGUAGCGGCUGACCGAGCCGAACAGAAGCGGAAGCGUCAAGAUGAUGAGGAACGCAAACUCGUUAUGGCCGAUCAUGACUAUAGUGAUCAGCAUGAUCCCGGUGCGAUCGUCGUAGAUGCGGAGUUCGUUGAGGUAGAAGAAGAGCUGGAAGAGCAUCACGAUCUCGAGGAAGAUGUAGACGAAGAGCAAGAAGAAGAGGAAGAAGAGCAUAGUGAUGAUGAGGUAGAUGAAGAAGCUGAUCAUGAUCCACAUGCUUCCGAUUCCAACUUUGGCAAACUCCAGCAGCAGCAACGUGUAAAGCUAACCUUCGCCUCCUGCUCUGGGACGGCUUCGUCUGGUACGAUGGUGGCGACUACAACGGCCAGUACAAGCACUGCCGCCGGUACAACUACGACAAAAGUCUCGUCCUCUCCGACAAAGUAUAGCCCUCGGAAGUUGCGGAAACCUCGUGGCCGGUGGUAUCGGGAACGAUGAGUAUG